UUGGUGCAAUUGCGAAUAUAACCACAUUUAUGGGCUUCACGGGUCUCUAUGGUAUCAUGAUAUGUGUGGCGUGCAGUCAGCUGGAGAAGCUGAGGGCAGCUCUCCUGGACAUCAAACAGGAGACCUCAGAGCACGAGGGAACGUUCAGUCGCAUGCAGGAUCAGCUCAAUGCCUGCAUACGUCAUCACCAGGAGAUAAAAAGGUUCAUGCAAGAAAUUGAGGACGUGUUCAAUCCCUGCUUUUGUGGCCUGUUCAUCAUGUUACUAAUUGCAUUAUGCUGCUUCUCCUUCUCCGCAGUCAUGAGCUGGGGUCAUUCUGGAGACGUAAUACAAGGUUUCGCAGGGUAUUUCUCGAUGCUGUUGUGUGUGUUCAUAUUCUGCAGGCUGGGAACUGAGUUGACUGCACAGGCGGAGAGUGUGGGCGAUUCGGCUUGGGGAUGCGACUGGGUUGGCACUCCUGUACAUUUCCAGCGCUGCCUGGCCUUCGUCAUUGCAACAGCUCAAAAGGAGUUCACACUCACAGCCGGGAAAUUUGUUCCCGUUUCCAACACCACGAUGAUGAACAUGCUGAAUCAGUCGGUGUCUCUCUUCAUGUUCCUUCUCCAAAUGAAAUACAGAAAUGAUGGCGAAAAAGAGGGAAAAUUAAUUUGAAGGAAUGGUAAACUCACGGGAGGCUCCGCAACUAGCAGCUUUAGAAGACAAUAAGAGAGAACACACUUCACACUACACACAACACGUCUUGCAACAACGAGACACAUAAAUGUCAAACUGGAACAUUAGUGAGUCAUCCUGUAAUAUCAUAAGAAUCACAGCUCAAAGUAUAACUGUAUUCGCUAUUGUACGAAAUGAAACACUUUCUGUCCUAUAUCUGCAAUAAAGUUUAAAGUAACCUAAACACUUCUCUAACUGCAGUUACCAAUGGCGAACUCCUCCAGUCUGGCAAGUAGGAUAAAGCACGACCAGAAAAGCCAGAGAAAUUACGUAACUUAUAUUCGGUUGGGGGAGUUUAAGGGAAGUUUCGGUUUUAAUAAUAUUUGGUUAACAACACAAUGCCUUGUACCGCUGGAAAUAUGCAAUGGGGAAGUUAAGUUUUAUAAAUUCUGCACAGUAAAGUAAAGUGAAUUACA